UAUCAAAUAAUCGGCAUCGGCAUCAUCUGUCUUCGGAUGUUUUUGUUGAGUUGUGAAUUUAGUAUUCAUCAUACCUAUUUUUGGUUUAAAAAAUCUACUUAUUGUCUAAAUAUUGUACAAGAUUGAUUAAAUUUAAUAAGAUAAAUCUAUGACACCCCAAUAUAGGUUAGAAUAAAAGAUCCAGGCACAAUGAAACUGUACUGCCUGAGCAGCGACGCGGCGAAGCCAUGCUUCGUGCUGUCGUUCAAGGAGCUGCUGAUCAUGCUGGACUGCGGGCUGUCGGCGCACUCGGUGCUGAGCUUCCUGCCGCUGCCGCCCGUGCCCAGCACGCGCUUGGCCUCGCUGCCCGGCUACACGCCGCCGCACGUCAACGACCCGCUCUUGGAAGGGGAGCUGAAGGAAUGCUGUGGGCGUGUGUUUGUAGACAGCAUACCUGAGUUCUGCCCGCCACUAGACAAAGUGGUGGACUUCUCUCAGCUCGAUGUUAUCCUCAUAUCUAACUACACGUGCAUGAUGGCGUUGCCUUUCAUCACCGAGGACACCGGCUUCAAGGGCCAGGUGUAUGCCACUGAACCCACUUUGCAAAUCGGAAGGUUCUACCUGGAGGAGCUGGCGGAGUGGGUGUCGGGCGCGGGGGGCGCGGGCGGCGCGGGCGGCGCGGCGCGGCGCUGGAAGGAGCUGCUGCACGUGCUGCCGCCGCCGCUGUCGCUGGCCGCGCGCCCGCGCUCGUGGCGCCGCCUGUUCGCGCCCGCCGCCGUGGCGCGCUCGCUGGCGCGCGUAAGGGUGGUCGGCUACGACGAGAAGGUGGACAUCUACGGCGCGCUGGACGCGACCGCCGUCAGCUCGGGCUUCUGCCUGGGCUCGGCCAACUGGGUGCUGCGCUCGGCGCGCGAGAAGGUGGCGUACGUGAGCGGCUCGUCCACGCUGACGACGCACCCGCGGCCCAUCAACCAGGCGGCGCUGCGCGGCGCGGACCUGCUGGUCCUGGCGGCGCUGACGCAGACGCCGGCGCACAACCCCGACCACAUGCUGGGCGACCUGUGCGUGCACGCGGCCGUGACGCUGCGCGGCGGCGGCUGCGUGCUGUGCCCCGUGUACCCCAGCGGCGUGCUGUACGACCUGCUGGAGUGCCUGAGCGCGCACCUGGAGUCGGCCGGGCUGCAGCACGUGCCGCUGUACGUGGUGUCGCCGGUGGCGGACUCGUCGCUGGCCUACAGCAACAUCCUGGCCGAGUGGGUGUCGGCGGGCAAGCAGGCGCGCGUGUACCUGCCCGAGGAGCCCUUCCCGCACGCGGCGCUCGCGCGCGCCGGCCGCCUGCGCCACGCGCGACACCUGCACGACGACGCCUUCAGCGGCGAGUUCCGCCAGCCGUGCGUGGUAUUCUGCGGGCACCCGAGCCUGCGCUUCGGCGCCGCCGUGCACCUGGUGGAGCUGUGGGCCGGCAACCCGGCGCACGCGAUCAUCUUCACGGAGCCGGACUUCCCGCACGCGGAGGCGUUGGCGCCCUUCCAGCCGCUCAGCAUGAAGGCCUUCCACUGCCCCAUCGACACGUCGCUCAACUACUCGCAGGCCAACAAGCUGGUGCGCGAGCUGCGGCCGCGCGAGCUGGCGCUGCCCGACCAGUACGCGCCGCCGCACCACCACCAGGCGCCCAGGGCGCACAUCAGCGCGGACGUGCCGACGGUGGUGGUGCGGCGCGGCGCGGCGCGCGCGUGCGGCGUGCGGCGGCGCUCGGCGCGCGCGGUGCUGGGCGGCGCGCUGGCGGGCGCGGCGGCGGCGGCGGCGCGCACGCUGGGCGGGCCGGGCGCGGGCGAGGAGCGCGCGCUGCGCCUGGCGCCGCUUUCCUGCGCGCUGGAGCUACGCGACAGCCGCCUGGAGCUGCUGCCGGCGCCGCCGCCGCCGGGCGCCGGGCCGGCCGAGGCGCUGCCGCGGCUGCACUGGGGCUCGCUGGACGUGGACGCGCUGGUGCGCGCGCUGGCGAGGGAGGGUAUCACGGACGCGCGCGUGGAGCGCGGCGCCGCCGCAGAGGGCGGCGCGUCGGGCGCUGGAAGCGCUGGGGAGGCGGCGGGCGCGGACAGCUGCAUCGUGCACCUGCCGCGGCACGACACGCUGCUGCACGUGGAGCGGCACGCCACGCACGUGUUCUGCGAGGGCCGCGCCGACGUGCGCCAGGCGCUGCGCCGCGCGCUGGCCGCCGCGCUGCCGCACGUGUGACGCUAAUAAAGAUGAUCGGGAAGGGUGUUACUACAAGACUUUUUAAAUUGUAGAAUUAUAUCUGGAUCUACUAUUCUUAAUGUUUGUAUAUAUUUAAGUAUAAGUUUAAUAAAAGACUUGAUAAAGAUAAAA